GAUCAUUUGAGCCAGUUUUCUUAAGUCCUUUGUUUAUAUUAUAUUUAUGUGGAACUAUUUCAUAUUUUUUUCACUUAUAUUUCUUAUAAAAACACAAUCAUAUGUAAUACAGAAUAAUAAAACAGAUCAAAUAUUAUAUAAAAGGGAUGAUAAAGUAAAACUUAUUUCAGACAAAAUCAAAAAGCCGGAUACCGAUCCUUCUUCUUAUAAAUUAAUUGAAUUAACGAAUCGACUUAGAGUUUUAUUGAUCAGUAAUCCAGACACACUGAGAUCAGGAGCAGCAUUAGAUGUAAAAGUUGGCCAUUAUAGUGAUCCUGAUGGUAUUCCUGGUGUUGCGCAUUUUUGUGAGCAUUUAUUAUUUAUGGGCACAAAAAAAUAUCCUGGAGAAGAUGAUUUUUCUGGAUAUUUGAGUACACAUUCUGGAAGUUAUAAUGCGUAUACCGGAACAGAAGAUACAAAUUAUUUCUUCAGUAUACCGCAUAAUUAUUUUGAGAAAGCAUUAGAUAUAUUUUCUCAAUUUUUUAUUUCUCCUUUGAUUUCAGAAAGAUCGGUAGAACGAGAAGCGCGUGUUGUUGAUUUGGAACAUAGAAAGAAUCUGCAAAGUGAUGAAUGGCGUUUAUUUCAACUCGAGAAAUCCAUUUCUAGUCCGAAAACUCCUUAUCAUAAAUUUGGUACAGGAAACUACAAAACAUUAGUAGAAGAUACAAGAAAAAAAAAUAUAAAUAUUGCAUCUAUAGUUUCCAAGUUUUUCCAAGAACAUUAUUCUUCAAAUUUAAUGAAGCUUGUUCUUUUUUCAUCAAAAACUCUUGAUGAACUCGAGAAAUAUGCUGCUACAUAUUUUUCAGAUGUUCCUGAUAAAAAUCUUGAAAGACCUAAAUUUACUGAAGAGCCAUUUGGAAAGGAUGUUAUUGGGAAUCAAUAUUGGUAUAAACCGAUAGCAGAUAAAAUGACAAUGGAACUCGUGUUUCCUAUAACUUCUCAGAUUCAUUUAUAUAAGACAAAUCCUACUCUUUAUUUGAGCUAUUUUUUACAGCAUGAAUCACCUGGUUCUAUUUUAUACUUCUUGAAGAGACAAGGAUGGGUAACUUCUUUGAGUGUUGUACAUGAAUAUAUAGUCUCCAAUACAGAUAAUUUUAGAAUAGGUAUAUCUCUUACUUCUCAAGGACUUGAUAAUUAUGAAGACAUAAUUGGACUAUUAUUUAAAUUUCUGAAAAUGCUUAAAGAUGAGGGUCCUCAAAAAACAUAUUUUGAUGAGUUGAUUCAAAUAGAUGAAAUAUUUUUUCGUUUUCAGGAUUUGCCGCAAUUAACUUCAUAUGUUUCAGACUUAGCAAGAAAUAUGCAGGAUUUAUACCUAGAUGAUGUGGAUAUAUUGAGGAAUACGUAUGUUUCUGAGUAUAACUCUACACAUAUUACGCAGUUGCUUGAUCAGUUACGUGAUGAUAAUUAUUACCUUUUUAUUUCUACCAAGGAUCGACCUGAUGAAUGGGACAAGAGAGAACCUUGGUAUGACUCAGAGUAUAAGGUAGAGUCUUUUAGUUCUACAUUAUUGGAGAAAACUAAAAAUUAUACUACAAAAUAUAAGUUGAAAUUACCAGAAAAAAAUGUUUUUAUUUCGGAAAAGUUCAUUACGAAAAACGUUUCUACUAAUAAAACAACUAAACCUGUUCUUUUAUAUUCUGACGCUAAGCUUCGUUACUGGUAUAAGGAAGAUGAUACAUUUUCUACGCCUAAAUCAUCUGUAUUUAUAUCAUUUAAAAUUCCUGAUUAUUCUUCUUCACCUUAUGAAACUGCUCAUUCGAGUGUCUAUGUUAAUAUGUUAUUUGAUUAUAUCUAUUCGACACAUUAUAAUGCUGUUGCCGCGGGUUAUCAUAUUCGUUUAUUAUCUAGAAGCUAUGGAAUUUUCUUGUCUUUAUAUGGCUUUAGCGACAAAAUACUUGUAUUAUUUGAUGAAGUCGUUAAAUCUAUGGCCAAAUUUUCACCUUCCAACACUUCUUUCGAAAUAUCUAAACAGAGGCUUGUGGAUUCCUAUGUAACUAAGGAGUAUUCAAUGCCUUUUACAUAUGUGGCAGGUACUUUUCCUCAAUUACACAAUCCAUUCCUAUGGCCUUCUUCGGAUAUCUUAUAUGCACUAAAUUUAAUGACCUAUAAUGAUAUCUAUCAUUUUCAUUCAAGGAGGUUUUCUUCCAUAUUUUAUGAGGUAUUGGUAGUUGGUGUGGUUUCAUACCAAACACCAUAUUUAUUUGAGUUAUAUUUUCGAGAUCUUUCUUCUAAAGUUCAAUAUCCGUAUCAAGUUCUUCCUCCUCGAUCCUUUGUUAUUGAAGAAGGAAGUAAUUAUAUUUACGAAUUAGCUUUACCGAAUCCUCUAGAAACAAAUUCAGCAAUUCUUUAUUCUUUACAAUUUGGAUCAUCAAAAGAUCCAAGAUUAGUAGCAAUACUUAAUGUUAUCUAUACUCUUAUUAGAUCGCAAUUGUUUGAUCAAUUGAGAACAAAGGAACAAUUAGGUUAUGCUAUUAGAAGUAUGUUUUCUAGUGGAGAUGCUCUAUUAAGUUUUUUUUUCAUUAUUCAAAGUCAAAGGGAUCCAUAUUAUUUAGAACAUCGUAUCAAUGCAUUUUUAUAUAAAUUUGCAGUUUUUAUCGAUCACCUAACUGAUGAAGAACUUAAAGGUUAUAUUGACUCCUUAAUUACUUUGACUCUUCCAAAUUAUAAAGACAUUUAUGAGGAAUCGUCUACGUAUAUGUAUACUAUUUUAACAGGGUUUUAUGAUUUUGAUUUUAAUUCUAAAAUGAUUGCUGUUUUUAAGGAACUAACGAAAGAUGAUAUAAGAAAUUUCUAUUAUGCGCAUUUCUACCCUAGUGCUGCUAAUCGGAGAAAAUUAUCUAUUCAUUUAAAAUCGCAAACUUUAGAAACUGUUUCCGUUCGAGAUUUGUCGCCAAAAAGGUUACAAUAUUAUUUUAAAUGCAACGGAUUAGUUCUCUCAUUAGACGAAAUUUAUAACCUAAUAGAAGCUAUUCCUACAUUAGCAGAAUUUGAGAAAGAGAUAGAAAAAUUGCUCAAAGAAAAAUAUCCAGAUAAGGAUGUUUCUACGGUAGUUGCGCAAGCUUUUGAAUAUCUUAGGAAAUUAUAUCAGAAAUUAAAGGAAGAUACUAUUAAAGAUUACGAUGCAGUACAUUUUACAGAUAUAGCCGUAUUUAAGAAUUCUUUAAAAUUAUCGCCUGCACCUCUUCCUAUAUUAGACUGGAGUAAAUAUAAAUCUAAAGUUGUAUAAUUUUGUUAAAAUUGGAAUUGUGUUUUUAUGAUUGAAGUUAUAUAGUUUUACUAGGAUUGGAGUUAUGUAGUUUUGGGGAGUUAGAGUUAUACGAGUUUAUAAAUCUUGAAUAUAUCAUUAUAUAAUAUCUUUUCUAUUAUUAUUUUUAUUGCUCAAAGUUUGAAUUAUGUUCAAUGUAAAGUUUUCUGCACGG